UUGAAGUCUAUGUUGAUCAGUCAAUGACAUUGACAACAUGGAAGAAGGUUGAAACAAAGUUUUGUCAAGUUUUGAAGCAAAAUUUGGAGAAGAAGCUAAUGGAUCCUGUUUGCAGGCAGAUACUGUUUGAAGUUCUUGGGAAUGAUUUUGUCAAUAAAUACCAUUCCAGUUACACUAAUAAUCCUGCUAUAUUGAACAAUGUUCGUGCUGAAAAAAAACAGCACAAAAUGGCUGAAAUGAAGCUUCUAAUAACCUCUAUUAUUGACAAUAUUUUGCAAAAGAAAGGAGUUCGUGGUACUAAGCUUCUGUCGGAUGUUGAUUCUUUUUCUCAAGAACUUGAAAAUUUAAUUGAUGAGGAUUUAGAAGAGCUCUCUACUACAAAAAAAUCAAAGAAGUACCAAAAGAGGGAGAUGAGUGAAACUUAUUUAAAUAAAAUAGUUUCUAGUGAUGGAAAUGCAUUUGAAUAUGUAUUGCUAGAAAUGCAGUCGUAUUUAGUGAUGCUUUCAGACAACUUGCGAUGUACAUUCUGGUUAUAUUGUUUAUCUCUAAAAGAAAAAACUAAGAAUAAGAAGAGUAAAGCAAGGGUGGAGGAAAAGUUUUCCCAGUUGCAUUCACAGUUAAAAUACUCCAUGCAAACUAAUGAAUUUGAGAAAAAUUCAAAUAGUACAUAUACAGUGGUAGAAAAGAUCUAUAAAGAAGCUGUGUUUUUUAAACAUCUUAACUCUGAAGACAAUAUUAAAUCAACAGUUGUUGUAUUAAAUGUAUGUGAUGCUUAUGGUAGGAAAUUUCAAUCUGAGUAUGUUUAUUAUGCUGCCAUCAUGAAAUCUAUAUUCUUGAAGAAUACCAAUAAUGAUGAAGAGUUUGGAAUGGUUGCUAUGAUGACAGAAAAGGUUUUGAGGUUGUGUGCUUUGACUGCUGAUCGUUCUAGCAAGAUAUCCAACAAAGUCAUUAAAGACAUUUUCAACUCUGAUAAAGAAUUCAUAAAUUACAUUAAAAAUACUUUCGUUGAUAAAUCUAAUGUGGCAAUUUCUGGUAGGAAGAAUGGUGCACAAGGAACAGAAACGUUUCCAGUUCUUAAUGAUGUAAAUGAAUUUUCUCCUUAUAUUAAGCAGUGGCUCCUAAGUGCAUUUGUUUCCAUUUUGCAAUUUGACUCAGUGUUUUUUAUUUGGGAUGUACUUUUCUAUUAUAAGUGGGAAAAUGUGAUCUUUGAAUCCAUAUGCAUAGCUUUGAUUGGAUUAUUAAAACCUUGGUUUCAGUUGUGUACAAGCAAAGCAAAUUUGGAAAAGGUUUUCUUGAAAGAACCUUCUUGUUUAUAUCUGUUGGAUAUUCGAAGAGCUCUUUUUCAUGUCUUACGGAAAGGCAGCUUUUUAGACAUUGCAGCAAUGAAUCGUAAUAUCAGAUUUAAAGGAGAAGAAGUGAAAGAACCUCGUAUGCCUACUCCAGUUGUUACUCUUCCAAAGAAAAGUACCCCAGAUUUUAUUCCAUGGGUUCCCAUCAAUAAAGACAGAAGUGACAGUUCUUUAAUCUAUAAAGUGGAUUUGCCUUUUGAUUUGUACAUAGAUUCUGUGAGAUUUAUGCCAGACAAUUCUACCAUUAUAAAAGUCACUGGAAAAGUUCUGAAUAUGUAUUUGGGACAGAAAGAGAAGUCCAUCAAAUUUCAGUCAUUCCCAAUCUUAGAUUCCUUCUGGAGAUAUCCAAAGUUCAACUUGAAGCAGGCAAUAAACUUGGAGUCAAAUCCAAUGAAUCCCGACACGGUUAUCAUGAUGAGAGUGUACACACAGGAACAUCACAGCAAGAAAAUCUGUGUCUUAGGGUCUUGUUUGUUUGGACCAUUUUCAAAUAAAUAUGGAAAGCAAGCUGUUUUAAGGGCUGGUGGACAUCAGGUUCGUGUAAGGCAUGGCGUUCCUGAUCCUGAUUUCAAUGUAGAACAUAUGCUUGCGUCUCAUAUGGAUGAUAAUCCUCUAAUGCCUGGCUUGACGAUCCUUCUCAGAGUUUUACCUCACAGUAAAGAGUUUGUGCCUGCUCCCGUGUAUGAGAGCGGUUAUUAUCAUUCUGAAGAAGCACAACCUAACGAGUCAGAAAAGAAACUGUAUGAACAUUACAAAGACAUUGGAAAUAUUGGUGAUACGAUUCAUGACAAAGCCACUCUGCUAUUUGGACAAGCUUCCAUGAGUGAUUCAACCAUAAGUCAGCUUAUUCAACAAAAUUUGCAAAAAGAAGGCUUUGAUGUGGAGGACUUUCCUUAUCAAAGAUAUGUUGCAUAUAAUAAAGAUCAUGGAUUCAUGGUUCUUGUGGAUAAAGUUUCUGGACUUCCUUUGUUUCUUGAGGGCAGGUACUUGCAGUGCUUAGCUCAAGUUUUUCCCGGAGAAGAGACAAAAAUAGGAAACGGAAACACGCAAGUUGUAAGUUUCGUAACUGAAAAUCUAGAACUAGACAGUCCUCAACGAGCACCUGAUUGGUCAGAUGAACCCAAAAAUGUUAAGCCAGAUUAUGAUGAUCAGGGAUUUAUUUUAUUUUCACUUUAUGGACUUCGACCACGAUUUAAUUCAGCUACUGGAAAAGUAUUAGAUAAAGAAGGGAAAAAUCCAAAGUUUAAUUUACAGCAUGCUAUAGCUUGGGCUGCAAUGACUUGUUUUAACAGGGGCUCUGUAUAUGCAGGCAUACACCAUAUUCCUCUACUUAAGGGAAGGCCUUCAGAUGACAUAAUUGAAAAAUUAAGUUAUCUGCCAUUGGACUAUAUAUGCAAGAAGUUCAAAAAUCAAGUCAAAGUAUUUGAGGCAGCCAGCAUUGAAGUUUGUAUAUGGGAUGGACGCUUUUCAAACAAUGAAUGCCCACCCUUGCCUACUCAUACAGAUCUAUUGAAUAUAUCUCCUAAUCCUAUGAAAUAUAUCAAAGCCUCGGAGCAGAAGACUGGAGCAACCGCGAUAGACUUAUUAAAACAAGGCAUGAUGAAUCAAUCAGAUUUUUUCAAGCAUAAAAAGGAAAUAAUCAAGCAACUAAACAAAAUAUUCAAAGAUAACUUAGAUGAAGCUUUGAUAAAAUCUGGAUUUUCAACUAUGAUAUGAUGAUCAUUUCUGUUUUCUUCUAAAUAUUAACUUAUUAUAUAAGUUUUUAUUUAACGUAUUAUGUUAAAUUAAUCUGUGCAUGAUGAAAAUAUAUUUUGCUAAAAGUGCCCAGAUUAAAGUUAGA